AUGCUCCUGCUGUCGCCGCGCAGCGCGCUCCUCUCCGUCUAUUGCCCGCAGAUCUUUCUCAUCCUGUCCAGCGGCAGCUACCUAGCGCUGUCGUCCGUCGUGGCCCUGGGAGCCAACAUCAUCUGCAACAAGAUCCCUGGCUUGGCCCCGCGGCAGCGUGCCAUCUGCCAGAGCCGGCCCGAUGCCAUCAUCGUGAUUGGGGAGGGGGCGCAGAUGGGCAUCAACGAGUGCCAGUACCAGUUCCGCUUCGGACGCUGGAACUGCUCCGCCCUCGGCGAGAAGACUGUCUUCGGGCAGGAGCUCCGAGUAGGGAGCCGUGAGGCCGCCUUCACAUACGCCAUCACCGCAGCCGGCGUGGCUCACGCCGUCACCGCCGCCUGCAGCCAGGGCAACCUGAGCAACUGCGGGUGCGACCGCGAGAAGCAGGGCUACUACAACCAGGCCGAGGGCUGGAAGUGGGGCGGCUGCUCCGCCGACGUGCGCUACGGCAUCGACUUCUCCCGGCGCUUCGUGGACGCCCGCGAGAUCAAGAAAAACGCGAGGCGCCUCAUGAACCUGCACAACAAUGAGGCGGGCAGGAAGGUCCUGGAGGAGCGCAUGAAGCUGGAGUGCAAGUGCCACGGAGUGUCGGGCUCAUGCACCACCAAGACGUGCUGGACCACGCUGCCCAAAUUCCGCGAGGUGGGCCACCUGCUCAAGGAGAAGUACAACGUGGCGGUGCAGGUGGAGGUGGUGCGGGCCAGCCGCCUGCGGCAGCCCACCUUCCUGCGCAUCAAGCAGCUGCGCAGCUACCAGAAGCCCAUGGAGACGGACCUGGUGUACAUCGAGAAGUCGCCCAACUACUGCGAGGAGGACGCGGCCACGGGCAGCGUGGGCACCCAGGGCCGCCUGUGCAACCGCACCUCGCCCGGUGCCGACGGCUGCGACACCAUGUGCUGCGGCCGAGGCUACAACACCCACCAGUACACCAAGGUCUGGCAGUGCAACUGCAAGUUCCACUGGUGCUGCUUCGUCAAGUGCAACACGUGCAGCGAGCGCACCGAGGUCUUCACCUGCAAGUGA